AUCAACCCACUCAAAAUGUCCCUUCCUCUCGUCAAUUGGGAUCACGCCCUUUUCACCGACUUGCAACAUCUCUUGAGUCGAGUUUUGUCCUCCCCAAGUACAUCAGUCAUAAGACAGCUUUACUCAAAAUUGGAACAAGCGCAACCAUGGAUCCUAGCCCUCACUUCUCUCCCACCUCCGAGCGAAGAAGCCAAGCAAGCUGUAGAAAAGAAUCCUCUCACUCUCCCAAGUGGAUCAAUAAACAUAUCUGGUGACCUGCUUAAUAUCACAAACUCCAUUUCUUCCGGUCUCUCCAUAUCUCAACUUCUCGCUGCCGUCUUGACCGUUCAAGCAGAAACACUCCGUUCUACCUACCCCGCUCGCUCAUCAGCUGAGGUUGCUGUAUUCGCCCUCCAUGCCUGGCUCGCAGAUAUGCUCAACUUCCUCCGAGAACUCUUACGUCUCACUAUAUCUCCCUCUGCCGAAACGACAGCACCGUUCGAUACUCUCCGUGAAUGGGUCGAAGGCAUUCUCACCAUCAAAACGUCUUUAGGGCCAGGGAGGGGAGAUGGAACAAUGGUCGAUCAAAUAUUGAGCCAAGUAGACGUCUUACAGGACAAGCUGAAUGUUCUGCUCAAAACUCCAUCAGGAAAUGCUACAGACUACGAAGUCUUGAGUUUUCGAAUAGGUGCGAUCAGGUCGGAGCAGAAUAAACUGGUGGGGUUAUUAGGGAUCAUUGCUGAAAGUGGUCUGUUAGGUAGAGGACAUGUCAUCAAAGUUCUCAAGUGGUUGAAGAAGGCCGAAAAGGUGGACGGACUGGUUGGAUUGGUGUUUUCUGCACUAUGUGCAGCAGCAAAACCCAUGGACACUCUCGACAUCAACGACGUGAGAUGGGAAGCUACCAAUGAUUGGUGCAAAGACAUCCGCUUUCUCAAAUUGGCAUCCGGCCUUGCGAUUCAAGAUACUUGGACGAUACCGCCGCUCAAAGAAGCCGUCAAGCUCACAUGGGUCAUGUUCUAUCUCUCCGCUCUACGACACGAUCCUGACGUCGCUCAAGUUGGGAUAGACCCCCCCGCGGCUGAACACUUUCUCCAAGAAGCCGUCUUUGGCGAUGCGUUUCAACUAUCGCGACAGAUCAUUAUCGAUCUCCGACAACAACGUGGAUUGGAAGAACGAGAUGAAGCCAAAGAGGUGGCCGAGGACAGUCUAAUAAAGAUUGCUACCGCUUCUGAUCCUACCAAUGACGAUUUCAUCAUCGCUCAACAUCAACAUCUUGUCGAUUGUCUUGCUAGCAAAAAGCACUUCCUCAGAAACCUCAGGAACAAAGAAGAAGACGUUUCCAUUCGUCGUUCGUCAGCAGCAACGGCUCCUACUGCUGUUUUCCAAGCUUACAUGGCUCUCGCUGCUGCCGUAUACCGAUCUCUGCCACCGGAUAGUGCUGAACAUCUGUGGUCAAACACGACCUUCACUGGCGCUGUGCUAGACUCUCGAUCUGUUCAUCCCGGACAAGCAUUUUGGGAUUUGCUCGUAGCCAUCUCGACCGGACCCGCAAGCGCUGCUAAGGCUUAUGAGAGGUUGAAAGAGACUCGAUGGCAGUUGGCGUCAUUGUUCAAGUUUUACUCCCACUAUCACGACAUCAUGCCUCAUAUCUUUGAGCCUAUCAAGACCAAUAAACAAACAUCUAUGGACCCCAUGUCAGACCAAGACAUUGACAAUUGUACCGGAUGGACGAGAUUGCUGGUGGCCAUCGUACGAUGGUCAGGACUUGCCAGAGGGGCUCUGCUGCAAGUGAAACCCCACCCUUUACAAAUGCUAUUCGACUUUCUCAAUUGUGAUAUCCCGACCCAUCUCAAAGCAGUUGUCCUUGAAGCAGCUACUGCUUUCUGUAGACGGACGGGAGAUAGUGCCGAUGAUGAAGUCAUUAGUCGAGCUGUUGAAGCCUACGAACGUAUCAGUUUUGUCGAUCCCAACCUUGACGUCAGGCAGAUGGAAGGUUCAAGAAUACCAGCUCCCAUCGGCUGGAUAGCUAAAAUGGAAUAUUCCGAAGUGGACGCUACGACUUAUCCCCUCACACGUGCAUAUCUCGGAUUCUUGACUGCCCUCCUUCCAAACCCUCCCGUAGAAACCGAAUUCUCACGAUCAAUCACUCCUCGACUGGCAAAUUCACUUCGACGUGGAACUUUCUAUGUUUUGGAACGAGUGUUAUUGAUGCCUCAAGCUAGAAGAUAUGCAAGAGACGAUGAACGCUGGGAGUUGCUGGAUUCUGUCUUUGGUUUCAUGGAAAAGGCUUUACAAGCGUUUGAUAUGACUGAGCUUCUUACUCAAGCAAGUAGUCGAGCUAUAAGCCAAAUUGCCACUUCUCUCUCUGAAGAGCCAGGCUUUACCGUCCUCCUCCGUAUCCUCAGUCAACCAGAGAUAUUUGCCAUGCUCGUCGGAGUCAUCGACACACUCUCUCAGCAAUCUCAAUCAAGACGUACUCAAUCAACAAAAGUUCUCUUACGAGUGUUACGCAUCCUGUAUCGCGUUCUGGAUAUCCAGCUGGUCUUUUCCGAUGUGCUCCUCCUCACCCUCUCCGACCCUUCCCGUAUAUCUGCCACCUCCUUCCGCCGACCGAUAGGUUUACAAAGUCUUGAUCAUCAUUUGCUCAAUCAUCUGUCAACGAUUAACGCCAUUGCUCUCCUAGUAGGAGAUGACGACCUUUAUGUUUCUUACAUGGCCACGCGGAUCAUUUCGUCUUUGGCUCAAUCACCGAUCUUCAGCAAACGGGAUGUGUUCAGAAGCGAAUACUCUGCUUCCCUCAACCGUCUGGCCGGUAUAUUGGACGCGUCUGAUGACUCUAUUCGUAUCGCUCAAGGAUUCUGCAAACGUCUACAAGGUGAGGGCGAGGAUGUAACCCCUGAAGAAAUUACAGAUAUCGACCGCCGAAUAUUGCGAGGUGAAGAUACCCCAGAUGAUCUGAAUGAUCUACCAUUGUUGAUUCGUUCGGCCAUAUUGGACCUUCUCGUGGAUGGUACAAUCAUCGAUUUCGCCGGUCCCAACAUUUCACACUUCCUCCUCGGUUUCGAGCUCCGUGCCAAAGAAAUCCACCUUCAGGACCCCUCAGAUCCUGAUGCCAGACUAUCAUGUUUGAACAUCAUCCUUGAUCAGCUGACCGAGGGUACCGAUAUGGAAUCAUCCGCCGUCGCACUCAUUCAGACUCAUCCAAUACUCGCGGCCAAAUCUGCACGUCUUCUGUAUCAACUCUUUUCCCACCCUACUACCAGUCGCUCCUCCAUGUCAUUUGCCAUGUCCACCGCGGCCUAUGCCAGUCGACAAUUAGCGACAAUACCCCUGGAUUGUCCUGUUAAUACCACCGAAAACGCUGUUGGCUCAGGAGUAGCUGUCACUGGUCAAUCAGAAAUACCCACCACCGCCGACACUCUCGUGGUCUUUCUUGAGUACCAACGAUGGAUCUUGUCCUGUGUAGCCUUGGAGACCUUUUCAUUUGACGGUGCAGGACCGUCAUCUACCACAGUUGCCCGUGCCCUCUUUCGAGGUUUGGCAACAGAUGCGGAAGAAGAUUUAGUGGAUGAAGAAGCCCGACCGCCCCUUAUCAUCUCUCUCCUUGAAUCUAUCGAUAUGACUUUCCGAGAAACCGUUCCCGAGAACAUUGCCUCAGCUCGUGAUCUGACAUUUUAUAAAGAAUUCGACUUUGAUCGUUUCAAACGCCCUGACGCCGAGUGGUUCGACAUCCCUUCUCUCAAACGCGAGCUCUACGCGUUUAGAAGACAUUUCGAACGUACCGGUACCCUGACUGCUGGUCCUCAAUCUCAAGCCAUGGGAGAAGAAGCUGAAUAUAUCUUAGCCACCUUAUCUCGGAAAAAUCGCGAAACGGACAUUGCCCUGGCCAAAGGAGAGUUGUUAACGGCAUGGAACGAGACUCUCAAAGUGUCUCUUGCUAUGUUGUUCCACCAUGUCAGUGACGAACAACAGGAUGUCGUCCUUUUCACUCUGCUUGACGUUCUACUUAGUCGUUUGACCACCGCUCAAGCACCCGGAAUCGUCGAUAUCCUAUGCGAAUCAGUUUUAGUGGUUAUGUCUACCGUCGUCCGACUAUUGGGAGAAAUGGAAGGUAUAAAUCUUCCCGUUGAUCAACUCUCGGCAGUUCUGUUGGGAAUUAUAGAAGCUGUCACCCAUCCUGGUUUCUCAGAACAUGCCAGAGGAAACCUAUACGCUUCAAUAGGUCAAUACCUUCAACUCCUCCCUCUUGCCUCAUCUACCCCAGUGGAUGAUGAUGGAGCUUCUAUCGCCCCAUCGGUUCUUUCCAAUUUCAGUAAAGAAACGACAAUCCCACCAUCCGCAUUACAAAGAGCUACCAUGACUGUACUGGGAACGAAAAAAGAUAGAUUCAUUCCGAUUUUGUGCAGGGACGCAAUGGACGAUAGAGAUGUAUGGAAGACGGAAUGUUUCUCUUUACUCGCUGGUAUAGUCUCGGCUUGUCAGACGGCGAGAGAUCGUCAUGUUUUGUCUCCUCUCACUUCAGGAGGUUAUCUGUCGUUGUUUGUGAGAAGUAUCAAAGAUAGGGAGAUGGCUUUGAUAGAUUGUCUCGGACCGGAUCCAAGCGAUUUCCACGCUUACUGGGUGUUCGAAGCGAAGACUGCCUUCUUGAUGACUGUCGCGGGGAGUAGAAAAGGAGCAGAAGAGUUGUUGGACGCAGGCAUCUUUGAGGUUUUUGCGACCUGUGGAUUUAUAGCUGUACAACCUAUAGCGGAUGAUUCAAUGGCCGACGCCUCAGCCACAGAGACGAUACUCCGACAACAUCGAGUUCUCAUCCUAUCCCUUCAACUCCUCGCGCGUACUUUGUCAAGUCUGGCAAAGCCACAACGAUCCGGUGCGGGUCAUGCAAUAAGCUUCCUCAAUGCUCAUCGAGAAUCCAUCCUUCUCCUAUUCAGGGAAAACCAACAAUACAUUACUGCGACCGGUAUAGAAGAAUGUCGAUUGUUAGUAGCGUUGAUCAAUAUGGUAAUUCAUAAAGUCCCAGAGGACGACUUGCGAUCACCAUCAGGGUUUGGUGCUUUACAUCUAUCAGUGUUAUCGGUAGCCGCGCGAUUCUUCGAUCGACAAGCUUGGUUUGAUAAUUUAUUAGAUGGAUCGGAAACACAAGUCGAAAAUCAAAUUCUCAGUCUCAACCAAGUUCUCUUAUCUUAUCUCUGCGCCACUACAAAAGGUUUAAGAGGAGGUACAGGACAUCCGGUGUUAGUCACUGGAGUCGCUCGUUCUGGAGGUAACGCGACAAAAUAUAUUUCUACAGCUCCAAGUUUACCCAUGGUAGUGGAGUUGCUUGGGGAGUUGGCGGAAGGUGUGCAAGAGAAUAGUACGGAUUAUGAGAGUUUAGUGGAGAGAUUACAGGAAGGAUUGGGGGAAGAUGAUUAUGAUAAACUACAAACACUCGAUAUCUCUCCAGACGAAGCCACAUUUGAGAACAUCUCCGCCGCCUUUGCCUCUCGUUCUCAUCUCUACUUUAAUUCCAUCGAAUCUCUUCUUUUACUAGUCUGGCGACAUCUUCUCUACUACGCAAACGACGCCCGAGGCGCGCCGGAACAAGUCAGACCGGAUAAUUUAUCGUUGAGUCUUGGUAGUUUUGCUGGUCAGAUGAACUCGUCGGUUGGAGGUGCAGCGACGGGUAGGGUAUUGGAACGUGUAGCUGGGACAUUAAGGGGGACCUUGGAGAGGUUGGAUUAUGUUGAGGUGCAUUCUGAUUUAGUACGAGGUAAAACCGGUCGAGGCGACGCAUACUUUGGCAUGUUGGUUAGGAGAUUGAGAGAGUUGACAGCGGGUUUAUUGGGUGAAGAGGCGUAAGUAUACUCGUAGCUAGGCUAUUCAUCUCUGCAUACUUUCUACCCG